AUGGACGAGGGCCAUGUCAACUCGCCGCUUAUGGCUUCGCAAAGUUCCUCGCAGCGAUUCCACCACUCCAGGCAACGUGCAACCAGCGUUUCUAAUGCCUUCGCUAUCAAUCCCAUCCCUCUCCUCAGUAGCAGCGAAGACAAUGACGGUGCUAGUGGUAACGCUGCAGUCUCGCCUAGUCGUACGAUUGGCAGACUCGGUGGCGUGUCACUUGUAUUCGGUAUGAUCGUCGGUUCUGGUAUUUUCAGCAGUCCUGGAAAUAUACUCAGUCUGACUGGAUCCCCUGGUGCCAGUUUGGUUACAUGGGCAGUCGGUGGAUUAUUAGCUUGGAUGGGUGCCAGUUGUUUCGCUGAACUUGGAACUGCUCUUCCUGUUUCCGGUGGUCCAGUGGCUUACUUGAGUUAUGCAUAUGGUCCUCUGACAUCCUUCACCUUUACUUUUACUUCCAUCUCAAUCAUAAAGCCCUCAGGGGCUGCUCUCAUAGCUACCAUCUUUGGCGAGUACCUCUCCCGUUUCUUCUGGCUCCUACCUAGCACAGCCGAUAGUGUACCCAGCACCGAUGACAUACCGUCAUGGCUCACAAGAUUGAUAGCGUGUGCUGGCGUUGUCAUUGUCUCUGCAUUGAAUAUGGCUUCUACGCCUCUCUCCACCACGACGCAGACGCUGUUCAUGUUGAUCAAAAUACUCGCUAUCAUUUUCGUAGUAGUGCUCGGCAUAGUCGCUGCUGUGCGCGGAGGUUCUGAUAAUCUCGCACCGAGCAAUGCGUUUACCGGUACCAAUGUGAGUGCUUCCAGCACAGCUCUAGCGCUCUAUUCGGCACUGUGGGCAUUCGACGGAUGGGACCAGUCCAAUUAUGUAGCUGGAGAGAUGAUAAACGUGCAGCGAAGCCUUCCUUUCGUUAUUCACGUCUCAAUGCCACUCACAAUCAUCAUCUUCCUACUCGCUAACAUGUCUUAUCUGAUUGCGAUGCCUGUGUCACAGGUGGCCAUGUCUAACACUGUGGCGCUCGAUCUGGGCAACAGUGUGCUAGGGAAAGUGGGAAGUGGGGUAGCGACUAUCCUAAUAUCGAUAUCGGCCCUCGGCGCACUCAACAGCGGUGCAUUGACGACGUCGCGUCUAAUAAGCAGCGUCGCGGGUAGUCAUACUGAGGCAGGCUUCUUGCCCAAAUUUCUGUCUACUUUCAACUCCAAAACACACACACCGGUCAACGCACUAAUCUUUCAGACACUCCUCACUUGCAUUUAUGUCGUCAUCGGCGGAGGUUUUCAGACUCUGGUCAAUUUCUACUCUAUCGGGAUUUGGUACUUCUACCUGCUCUGCGCGCUUGCUGUCGUGGUGCUCAGGAUUAAGGAACCGGAUUUAGAGAGACCUUACAAGACGUGGAUAACUGUACCGAUGGUGUUCUCGUCACUUACUAUAUUUUUGUUAUGUAUGCCCGUGUUCGCUGCACCACUCGAAGCUGCAGCGGCAUUUGGAUUCAUUGGUCUCAGCGUGCCGAUAUACUUUAUAUCCAACUACGUCAAAUAUCGUGAAUUAAACAUUUACCAGCACAUCCCAAGCUUUAUAAAGAAUCGAAUGGGUAAAUCUAAUUACAGUAAAAUACCAGUAGAGAUGCAAGAUUUGUAG